AUGUCUACUGCUGCUACUGCAACUGCAACGAAAUCUGCAAAGCCUGCAAAGGCCUCGAAGACCGCCAAGAGUCCGAAGAAGAUGCCUUCCCAUCCCACCUACUCGGCCAUGAUCAUGAAGUCAAUCGCUGAACUCAAGGAGAAGUCAGGCUCAUCCAAGGCGGCUAUUCUCAAGUACAUGCUGUCUCACUACAAGCUCGGUGACAACGUUGACAAGGUUAACAGCCAACUCCGCCUUGCGUUGAAGAGAGCCGUGCUCAAGGGAGAACUCAAGCAGGUCAAGGGAAUUGGUGCGUCAGGAAGCUUCAAGCUGGCUGAGAAGAAAGCUGCAGCCCCUAAGCCCGCGAAGAAGACCGUCGCCAAGAAACCGGCUGCUGCCAAGAGCCCAAAGAAGCCGAAGUCCCCGAAGAAGGCCGCCACCAAGCCCAAAGCCGAGAAGAAGGUCAAGAGUCCGAAGAAAUCUAAGACUCCGAAGGCCAAGACCGCCAAGAAGUCGACUGCGACCAAGACCAAGAAGGCUGCUAAGCCGAAGGCAACCCCGAAGUCCAAGUCUGCUUCGAAGCCUAAAACGGCCAAGAAGGUCAAAGCCUGA